GUUUCAGAGCACAUGCAUGCGUCGCUCGCUGCGUUUUGCUACUCUGCUGUACCGCCUGGGGAAUUCACCUUGUCAUUGCUUGGGGUAUCUUCCACCCGUUACAAAAUCAGGAAAGUUGUGUUCUCUAACACCAGAGGUCUGGCUUUCUGGGGGUGAUUCUGAGACAUUGAAGUGCAAAGAAGAGACAACUCCUAGAGAAGUAAAAUAUGACUAAAAGCAAUGGAGAAGAGCCCAGGAUGGGGGGCAGGAUGGAGAGAUUCCAGCAAGGAGUCCGUAAACGCACACUCUUGGCCAAGAAGAAAGUACAGAACAUCACAAGAGAGGAUGUUAAAAGCUACCUAUUUCGGAAUGCUUUUGUGCUGCUCACUGUCACCGCCGUCAUUGUGGGUACAAUCCUUGGAUUUACCCUCCGACCAUAUAAAAUGAGCUACCGGGAAGUCAAGUAUUUCUCCUUUCCUGGGGAACUUCUGAUGAGGAUGUUACAGAUGCUGGUGUUACCACUUAUCAUCUCCAGUCUUGUCACAGGAAUGGCGGCCCUAGAUAGUAAGGCAUCAGGGAAGAUGGGAAUGCGAGCUGUAGUCUAUUACAUGACUACGACCAUCAUUGCCGUGGUGAUUGGCAUAAUCAUUGUCAUCAUCAUCCAUCCUGGGAAGGGCACAAAGGAAAAUAUGCACAGAGAAGGCAAAAUUGUACAAGUGACAGCUGCAGACGCCUUCCUGGACUUGAUCAGGAAUAUGUUCCCUCCAAAUCUGGUGGAAGCCUGCUUUAAACAGUUUAAAACCAACUAUGAGAAGAGAAGCUUUAAAGUGCCCAUCCAGUCCAAUGAAACACUCCUGGGUGCUGUGAUAAACAAUGUGUCAGAGGCCAUGGAGACUCUUACGAGGAUCACAGAAGAGAUGGUCCCAGUUCCAGGGUCUGUGAAUGGGGUCAAUGCCUUGGGACUAGUUGUCUUCUCCAUGUGCUUCGGUUUUGUGAUUGGAAACAUGAAGGAGCAGGGGCAAGCCCUGAGAGAGUUCUUUGAUUCUCUUAACGAAGCCAUCAUGAGAUUGGUAGCAGUGAUAAUGUGGUACGCCCCUCUGGGCAUCCUCUUCCUGAUUGCAGGGAAAAUUGUUGAGAUGGAAGACAUGGGCGUGAUUGGGGGACAGCUUGCCAUGUACACAGUGACAGUCAUCGUGGGCUUACUCAUUCACGCAGUGAUUGUCCUGCCCCUCCUCUACUUCUUGGUAACACGCAAAAACCCUUGGGUUUUCAUCGGUGGCUUGCUGCAAGCACUCAUCACGGCUCUGGGAACCUCUUCCAGUUCCGCCACCCUACCCAUCACCUUCAAGUGCCUGGAAGAGAACAAUGGCGUGGACAAACGCGUCACCAGAUUCGUGCUCCCAGUAGGGGCCACCAUUAACAUGGAUGGAACCGCCCUCUAUGAAGCUUUGGCUGCCAUUUUCAUAGCUCAAGUUAACAACUUUGAACUGAACUUUGGACAGAUUAUUACCAUCAGCAUCACAGCCACAGCUGCCAGUAUCGGAGCAGCUGGGAUUCCUCAGGCGGGCCUGGUCACCAUGGUCAUCGUGCUGACAUCCGUGGGCCUGCCCACCGACGACAUCACGCUCAUCAUUGCAGUAGACUGGUUCCUGGACCGUCUCCGCACCACCACCAAUGUGCUGGGAGACUCACUUGGAGCUGGCAUUGUUGAGCACUUGUCACGACAUGAACUGAAGAACCGAGAUGUUGAAAUGGGUAAUUCAGUGAUUGAAGAGAAUGAAAUGAAGAAACCAUAUCAGCUGAUUGCCCAGGAAAGCGAGACUGAAAAACCCAUUGACAGUGAAACCAAGAUGUAGACAACAAAGAAAACGCUUUCUUGAGCACCAGGUGUUUGAAAACCAUUAUGAAAUGUUUCCAUCUUGUUCCAACUCAUUCUCUCCAGUAAACCCCUUACUUCCCUUUGCCUCUCUACUCUGAUAGGAUUGGGAAAUAUUCAUCCAAAAACAAGGGAGGAUCUUGUGGCGGCCAAAAUCUGUAGUUUUCAUCCCACAUUUGAAAUUUUUGAGUCAUUUCGUGUUAGUCUUAUCUCAUAAGGUACAGAGAUCAAAAAUAGUCUUGAUCAGAUCUUAGAAGUUUAUGUGGCACACAAUCCUGUAAAUGUGAUUUUUUUAAGUAAGUUAAAGAGUCAAACAAAGAGUAGGCUAAAAACAUGCUUUUAAGUUAACUUUCAAAACUUAAAAAUCCUUCAGAAUACAAUUCAAUUUUAGCAUCCAAAUGAAACAACUUGAUAAACUACAAUCAAUUGUCAGUUGGAUAGUAGAAGGGUUUUUUCCCAUUACCGUUCUGAUUUGUGUCCUUAUCUUAUUAGUAGCAGGACAACAUGAAUACACACCCAACACAGCUGUGAGGAGGCACAUAAAGUGAAAUUUCCCUGUGGCCGUGGGCAAGUUCCAUCUCAUCUCUAGGCCUCAAUAUUCUCAUCUCUAAAAGGAAUGAGUUCCCUAGAUGCCUUUAUGGCCUCUUCUGGCCCACGCAUGCUGUGGCGUUGUGAACGAGCCUGCCCUCUAUUUCCCUCGGAACAUCCUGUAGCAAGUAUCAUUCCAGGGACUGUGGGACUUUCAGAAAGGACAUUUAUUGGGAAGGAACAUUCCCAAGUAGGAGCGGGAUGGCUGUGAGGUUUACCAGGUCCUGUGUCCAAAAUGUCACUUAUACAAGUCACAGGGCUGGAGGCUAUCCCAGGAGUGGAAUUAUUCAUGAAACUCUGCUCAGUUCUUCCCAACAGGGGAAGUAUUCCCUUCUUCCCUACUCUUCCCAAACUGAAGGGACUGCUCUGGGAAGGCUGUCUCCCACCACUCCUCCACUGAGGCUAGGCUUUUAAAAAAUAAAAUGUAAGACUAGCAACUAGCAAGGGUGCUCAUGGUCUUACUGUGGAACACUAAAGAGCUGGCUAGGAAAGAGUGGAGCACGGUUGACUUUAUAAAGAGAGGAUUUUAAAACACCAAGAUUAUGGGUCAUCUUUAAGGAAGAAUAAUAAAAAAAGGGGAGGUUCAUUUUUUUAAAACCAGAAACGUUUUUUUCUCUUCAGUUCAAAAUUAUUCCCCAAGGAAGUCUGCAUAUCAAAAUAAAAGGUUACUUCUUAUAUAGUUUAAACAAGUCAAAUGAAUGAGCUCUCUCUCUUAUAGAGGUCUGUGAGCUGGGUGGGUGGUCUCUUAUUUGAAAAGGCUUUUGACUAUACUCAAAAGUUGUUAGAAUGAGAGAAACAAGAUAUUUCUUUGUGUGAAAUUCCACUUCUCAAGUCAUUCAAAACCUUCAGCUGGAGUGGAGUUUGGUUUUGUUUUGUUUAUGUCCCUGAGAGAAAUGGUGGAAGAUGAAUCAGUAUGAAGACAUUGUCACUGUGGUUCCAAGAGAAAAACAGCAGGGGCGUUAGUUUCAAUCGAGGCAGCUCCCAAGUUUAAAGAUUAAUUUUGUAGCCCCUAAGGAGUAUCCAGUCAAAGACGCAGAGGGGGAGCUGUCGGACAGUACCAGCUACGGUUUGAGUUUCUGACUGAAAAUGGUGAAAAAUUGACUUAAUUAUGCUAACAGACUGAAAAUCUAGACGUACGUCCUCUGAUUACAACUAGAGAUAUUUUUAUAGAGAUCCUGAGCAUUAUGUGUGUACAAAAGUUAACGUUAGGCUGUGGUGGAGUAACCAUUUAAUGUCAAGGCUCUAUUUGGGAAUACACUACAAGUUAAGGUACAUGGCUGUCAUCUUAUGACACCAAUAGAGCAAAAAUUAACCAUGUCAAAUUAAUUCUGUUACACAAUGUGAUCUUUUUUUAUACUAACCAUUUCUGGUGGAAAGCAGGUCUUCUAGGAUGAUCCUCUCGCCAGCCCAUCACAGGCUCUGCAUGUCUAUGCACCCAGUGUGGACUGAGAAGUGUUACUUUGUAGAUGUAUUUUCAAUAAAGAAAAAAAUUAGUUUUACAUUA